CCGUCGCCGGGCUGUUCCUCUCACAGUUAACUUUUUAAUCCCGGUUUUGUCGCGCUAUCGCACACAAGAGGAGGAGGCGGAGGAGGAGGUCGGGGAGAGAAAAGGGGCUGAGAAGUCAGUCAUGGUGUGAGGUUCGCGUGAAAAGCCGGAGCGUCUACUUGCAGCAGAAAGCCCGUUGAUAUUUAACUGCGAGGAGGAGAAGAACAAGAAGAACCACAAGAAGAACGAGAGGAAAGGGAAGCCCGGAGAAGCGAGAGAAAAGCGGGGUGCAAGAUGCAGCUGGCCGCGGUGCUGUGGGGCUCCCUGAUAACUUUGCUGCUCAGCCAGAGUCCAGGAGUCCAGGGCAGCGCCGAGUGCUCGUGUGGGAGGAACCACUUCACGUGUGCGGUCAGUGCGUUCGGGGAGUGUACCUGCAUCCCGGCCCAGUGGCAGUGUGACGGAGACAAUGACUGCGGGGACCACAGCGACGAGGACGGAUGCAUGCUGCCCACCUGCUCACCGCUGGACUUCCACUGCGACAACGGCAAAUGCAUCCGCCGCUCCUGGGUGUGUGACGGAGACAACGACUGCGAGGACGACUCCGACGAACAGGACUGCCCUCCCCGAGAGUGUGAGGAGGACGAGUUUCACUGCCAAAACGGCUACUGUAUUCGCAGCCUCUGGCACUGCGACGGAGACAACGACUGCGGGGACAACAGCGAUGAACAGUGUGACAUGCGCAAAUGUUCGGACAAGGAGUUCCGCUGUACAGAUGGCAGUUGUAUCGCAGAGCACUGGUACUGUGACGGAGACACGGACUGUAAGGACGGAUCGGACGAGGAAAACUGUCCCUCAGAUGUGAUGGCAGCCACCUGCAGCGUGGAGGAGUUCCAGUGUGCGUACGGACGCUGCAUCCUGGACAUCUACCACUGUGACGGAGACGACGACUGCGGAGACUGGUCGGACGAGUCUGACUGCUCUUCCCACCAGCCCUGCCGAUCAGUUGAAUUCAUGUGCAGCAGCGGGAUGUGCAUCAACGCCGGCUGGAGGUGUGACGGCGAAUUCGACUGUGACGACCAAUCAGACGAGAAGAACUGCACCACGUCCAUGUGCACGGCUGAGCAGUUCCGCUGCGGUACUGGACGCUGCGUCCGCUUGUCCUGGAGGUGUGAUGGCGAGCCCGACUGCUCCGACCGCAGCGAUGAAGAGGGUUGUGAGAAAACUGAGAGUCCACCAUGUGCUCCCGAUCAGUUCCAGUGUGGGAAUGGACGCUGUAUCGGUCAGAGGAAGGUGUGCAAUGAGGUCAACGACUGUGGAGACGGGACUGACGAACACCCACACCACGACUGUCGUCCACGCUCCAGCGAGGGCAACUGUAACCAGAAUAACGGAGGCUGUUCCCAGAAGUGUCAGAUGGUCAGAGGACUGGUCCAGUGCACCUGUCACACUGGAUACCGACUGAUGGACGACGGCAAAGCCUGCCAGGAUGUGGACGAGUGUGCUGAGGAAGGCUACUGCAGCCAGGGCUGUACCAACUCGGAGGGGGGGUUCCAGUGCUGGUGCGUUCAGGGCUACGAGCUCCGACCUGACAAGCGCAGCUGCAAAGCUCUGGGUCCAGAACCUGUGCUGCUGUUCGCCAACCGCAUCGACAUCCGUCAGGUUUUGCCGCAUCGCUCCGAGUACACCCUGCUGCUCAACAACCUGGAGAACGCCAUUGCCCUGGACUUCCACCACAGCCACGAGCUGGUCUUCUGGUCCGACGUGACGCUGGACCGCAUCAUGAAGGCCAACCUCAACGGCUCCAACGUGGAGGAGGUUGUUUCCACCGGUCUGGAGAGUCCAGGUGGACUGGCAAUAGACUGGAUCCAUGACAAGUUGUACUGGACAGACUCUGGGACGUCCCGUAUCGAGGUGGCCAACCUGGACGGGACGCACCGCAAGGUGCUGCUGUGGCAGAACAUGGAGAAGCCCCGAGCCAUCGCGCUGCACCCCAUAGAGGGUAAGAUCUACUGGACAGACUGGGGCAACACACCUCGCAUCGAGUACUCUAACAUGGACGGCUCCAACCGGCGGGUCAUCGCAGACACACACCUGUUCUGGCCCAACGGCCUCACCAUCGACUACGCCGGCCACCGCAUGUACUGGGUGGAUGCGAAGCACCAUGUCAUCGAGAGGGCGGACCUGGAUGGACGCAACCGCAAGGCCGUCAUCAGCCAAGGCCUGCCGCACCCAUUCGCCAUCACCGUGUUUGAGGACAGCCUCUACUGGACGGACUGGCACACCAAGAGCAUCAACAGCGCCAACAAAUUCACCGGCAAGAACCAGGAGAUCAUUCGCAAUAAGCUGCACUUCCCCAUGGACAUCCACACCCUGCACCCCCAGAGGCAGCCCGCAGGUGGCAGGAACCGUUGUGGCACCAACAACGGAGGCUGCAGCCACCUGUGUCUCCCCAGCAACAAGACACACACCUGCGCCUGUCCCACCGGCUUCAAGAAGGUGGACCACUCCAACUGUGCCAGCGGUCUUGACAAGUUCCUGCUUUUUGCCCGAAGGACGGACAUCCGACGAGUCAGCUUCGACACAGAGGACAUGUCCGAUGAUGUCAUCCCUCUGGCCGACGUGCGCAAUGCCGUGGCGCUGGACUGGGACGCCAAAGACGGCUACAUCUACUGGACGGACGUCACCACCGACUCCAUCAACAGGGCGCUGUGGAACGGCACCAAGCAGGAGGUGGUGGUGGACACCAGUCUGGAAAGCCCCGCAGGUUUGGCGAUUGACUGGCUGACUAACAAGCUCUACUGGACCGAUGCUGGUACGGAUCGUAUCGAGGUUUCUAAUGCUGACGGGAGCAUGCGGACUGUCCUGAUAUGGGAGAACCUAGACCGGCCCCGGGACAUCGUCGUUGACCCGAUCGGAGGUUUCAUGUACUGGACCGACUGGGGGGCCAACCCAAAGAUCGAGCGCGCAGGAAUGGAUGCCUCCAGUCGGAUCGUCAUCAUCUCAUCUAACCUGACGUGGCCCAACGGGCUCGCCAUCGACUACGAGACCAAGCGCCUGUACUGGGCCGACGCUGGCAUGAAGACUAUCGAAUUUGGCAACUUUGAUGGUUCCGACCGACAGGUUCUGAUUGGCAGCCAGCUGCCUCACCCCUUUGGCCUGACUGUACACGAGGACAAGCUGUACUGGACAGACUGGCAGUCGAAGAGCAUCCAGAGCGCCGACAAGCUCACCGGCUUGGGACGACGCAUGCUUGCCGAAAACCUGGAGAACCUCAUGGACAUUCACAUGUUCCACCGACACCGAGAGACAGUACAUAACCCGUGCGCGGUGAAUAAUGGAGGCUGCAGCCACCUCUGUCUCCUGGCUCCUGCUCCCAAAGCCUCCAGCUGUGCCUGUCCCACCGGGAUCAACAUGCAGACGGAUGGAAAGACCUGCACACCUGGGAUGAGCAGCUUCCUCAUCUUUGCACGGAGGACGGACAUCAGGAUGGUUUCUUUGGACAUCCCCUACUACGCCGAUGUGGUUCUGGCCGUCAAUGGCUCCAUGAAAAACACCAUCGCCAUCGGGGUCGACCCAAAAGAAGGAAAAGUGUAUUGGUCCGACAGUACGCUGAAGAAAAUCAGCAGAUCCAACAUCGACGGAAAAGAGCAAGAAGACAUCGUAGCUACAGGGUUGGUGACAACGGACGGCCUGGCGGUGGAUGCUGUCGGCAGGAAGAUCUACUGGACGGACACGGGCACCAACCGCAUCGAGGUGGCCAACCUGGACGGAUCCAUGAGGAAAGUUCUCGUCUGGCAAAACCUGGACAGCCCUCGAGCCAUCGCCCUCUACAACGAGAUGGGUUACAUGUUCUGGUCAGACUGGGGAGAGCACGCUAAGCUGGAGCGCUCGGCGAUGGAUGGUACAGACCGCACGGUCCUCAUCAGCAACAACCUGGGCUGGCCCAACGGCCUGGCCAUUGACAUGGCCGGCUCGCAGCUGCUGUGGGCCGACGCUCACACUGAGCGCAUCGAGGCGGCCGACCUGAACGGGCAGAAUCGCCGCACCCUGGUGUCUCCGGUCCAGCACCCGUACGGCUUGACCCUGCUGGGGUCCCACAUCUACUGGACUGACUGGCAGAGCCGCAGCAUCCAGCGAGCUGACAAGAAAACCGGGACCAACACCAUCACGGUGCGAGCCAACCUGCCGGGCUUGAUGGACAUCCAGGCUGUGGACAGGGAGAGGCCACUGGGUUUCAACAAGUGCGGCCGGAGGAACGGGGGCUGCACCCACCUGUGCCUGCCCCGUCCCAACGACACAUCCUGUGCCUGUCCCACCGGCAUCCUGCUCAAGGGAGACGGCAGGUCGUGUGACGACUCCCCGGAGUCGUACCUGCUCUUCUCCAACCGCGUCAGCGUGCGCAGGAUCUCCCUCGACACCAACGACCACACCGACGUGCACGUGCCGGUGCCCGAGCUGCACAACGUCAUCUCGCUGGAUUACGACAGCGUGGACGGAAAGCUUUACUACACCGACGUCACCCUGGAUGUCAUACGGCGUUCAAACCUAGACGGCAGUGGCAUGGAGACGGUGAUCAGCCAGGGCCUGAAGACCACAGAUGGGCUGGCGGUCGACUGGGUGGCCAGGAACAUGUACUGGACCGACACGGGGCGCAACACCAUCGAGGUGGCCCGCCUGGAUGGAACUUGCCGCAAAGUCCUGGUCAACAACAGCUUGGAUGAACCCCGAGCCAUCGCAGUGUUCCCGAGCAAAGGGUACCUGUUCUGGACCGACUGGGGUCACAUUGCAAAGAUCGAGCGAUCUCACCUGGACGGCUCGGACCGAAAGGUUCUGAUCAACACCGACCUGGGCUGGCCCAACGGUCUCACGCUGGACUACGACACAAGAAGGAUCUUCUGGGUGGACGCGCACUUGGACCGGAUCGAGAGUUCGGACCUGAAUGGGAAACUGCGCCAGAUCCUCGUCAGCCCGGUGUCCCACCCGUUCGCCCUCACGCAGUUGAAGCCGGUGUCCUCCCCUCUAACCCCUUUCUCCCGACUCUCGCAGCAAGACCGCUGGAUCUACUGGACGGACUGGCAGACUAAGUCCAUCCAGCGGGUGGACAAGCACACAGGCCGUAACAAGGAAACCGUGCUGGCCAGCGUGGAGGGCCUCAUGGACAUUAUAGUGGUAUCGCCUCACAGACAGACAGGUACCAAUCUCUGUGGGGUAAAUAAUGGCGGCUGCACUCACCUCUGCUUCGCUAAGACCAACAGUUUUGUGUGCGCCUGCCCCGAUGAACCGGAUGGGCGACCCUGCUCCACCAUUGCAGGUUACAUCCCCACCUCUCCUGCCAGAGGGACCAGUAGCACUCCUGUCCCCAACAAGAUCCCCAAAGCUCCAACAGACACUCCGCUCGGAGGAUCCUCACCGGUCAACUGCACUGACAAGAACCUAAACAUAGAAGGCUGCUUGAGCAACGUGGUGACGGCUCCUCACGGGGAAGGACUUCACAUCAGCUACGUGAUUGGCGGAGUUCUGACCAUCCUGGCUAUACUGAUCCUCAUUGCUGCUUUGAUCAUUUACAGACAUAAAAAGUCGAAGUUCGCUGACCCGGGAGUGAGCAACCUGACCUACAGUAACCCCUCGUAUCGGACGUCCACACAAGAGGUCAAGAUUGAGGCGUCGCAAAAGCCUCCAAUAUACAACCAGCUUCGAUAUAAGAAAGAGGGGGGAGUGGACGGAGGCUACACCAAGGAGAAGAUCCACGCUUCGUCUCAACCUCCGUUACCUAAUACACACACACACACACACACACACACCUGUAAUUAUAGCUGGUACAAACACACAAAGAUAAAAAGGUACAAACAGAGCAACAGUUGCAUUUGUAGGAAUGGUACAAAUGAACCUAGUUAGACACAACUAAGUUUCCAUAAACACAACUCCUGUCUCUGAAACUGGGGCUCCGUCCUACUUCUGCACACACACACACACACACACACACACACAUACACACAUACACAUGCAGUACAGUCCUCCAACAGUACCCUCAGUGCUACUGCCUUCAGGCAAAAAUGAUAAACUAAUGAGCAUGCUGGAAUAAGAAAGCAAAGGACUCUGGGGAGGAAGUGAACAGAGAGACACGAGCGUUAUCUGGAGCCUUUUUAAAGGAUGCAGACUCUCAAUGCGACAAACGCUUCUCUGUGUACAACUUCACCUUUAUUCUUUGUGAACUUUUCUCUUUUUUUUUGGACGACACUAGAACGACGUACUACCUGGACGACGUAACCGCGACGCUCUCUAAUGCCACUCAUGUCUUUAUGAACUCUAUUUAUGAACGUUUUUUGUACUUGUGGAGUGGGUUUGCUGACUUUCGGGGAAAAAAAACGGCGAGAGUGUUGUGUUAGAACCGGACCCGGUAUUCACAAGUUGUAUUUAUGACAGUGCCAAAGGGUGGGGCUUCAGAGUCCCCAUGCUUCUUUCAGCAUUUACACUUCAAUAGCAAUGUAUCUUAAUUACGGGAUGUUAGUUUCGUUUGACUUCCCUGACUUGCCCUCAGUGAUGACGCCCCCUGCUUCUGAUUCCUUGUUUUACAGCCUCCAACAGCAAGGCUGCACUGUAGCUGGUGCUCUCAGCUGGUUGCAGAAGUCCAUUCAUCCUUUGCAAAUGUAAUCUUAAAGGAGCCCUUUUUUUUUCAUUUAUUCAUUUUUUUUAAAAGUUGUAAUUCAACCAUUGCUGAUCCUCGGGCCGAGCAGAGGAAGCCAUGAUGAAGUAACAGCCCUAAGUGCCAAACAUUGCGUUCUUUUUCCUCCUUCAGCUGUAGAAUUAUUUUCUAUCGGAGGUUUUAAAAUGUUCGUGACAUUUAAAAAAAAAAACUCUGGUUUGGUCACCCAAAUCUCAGAAAAGCGUAUUUUCUCAGACAUGUACCACUAGGGCUAUUCAGCCAUGCAGAUAGUGUUGGUUUUAUUUACCCAGCUGUUAGACAUUUCUGAUGCCCCAAAACACUGGAGGGGUUUUUUGGGGAUCUUCCCUCUCAGUGCAAUCUCUCAUUGAGUGUUUCUCUGAUCGGUCUUUCUAAAAAUAUGUCAAACAUGUUCCUGAGGUUUUCUAGCCAGAUGAAAGAUUAUCUACAACAGCACUUGCUAUUAGACUUUUAAACUCUUUUGAUUUUAUCAACAAUUCAUUAAUAAAAUAACUCUUCUCUACUAAUGACACCUCUCCAACUGUAUUGGCUGUCGCCUUAGCUGCCUACAGAAUACAUCAUUUGGCCCUCCCUGUCCAUUCUUACACCACGGACAACAGUUUAAAGGCUGGUACAAGUGUAAGUAUUCAAUAAACAACAAUAUGAUGUUGUCGGGUUCGAUUUUUAGAUAUUUGUGUCACUACAAAUUAAUUCGAUUUUCUUAAUUCUGGAACAUAAUCACAAGAGUUCCACUGUCAUUUGGGCUCUGUAUUGUGUUGGAGUAGGGCGAAGUUUCAGAGGUGAAUUUAUCAAAAACCUGGCGCAUACAACCAAAAGUAUCUGCAUGGCGAAACACUGCUAGAGGGAAACGAGAACAUUUGUAUUUUUUUUUUUUUUGUAAUUUGAGUUUUGAUCCAUCAACUCUUGCAGUAUCGGCCACAGCUCAGUACAACAAAUGCAUAACUUAGGAACACUGUGCAUGUCUGACCCCAUCAGACAGUGAGGGUUAUAGUUUAGAAAUGUAUCACUGACAACGUACUGAAAAAUGAAUUUAAUAUGAGUAAAGAUAUUAUGCAUUGCUUUAACUUUUAGAGUACCAUUCUGUCUGUUGUUGAGAAAUGGUACGAGGAAAUACUAUAUUGCUAUAUUGACAAAUAUAUCGGUUAGACUUUAUAGAACCAUGUAUUUUUGAAGUAUCUGCUACAAGCUCAGCAACGUGCUGAUUUGCUGCUAGACGAAGCACUGAGGCCAAUGAAAGAGGGUCUUGGCAGCUACAUAACUACGGUCUCUGACGGUUGGUUGACAGUAGGCCCACAGAGCAUCACAGCGACCCAGUAACCAAUCAUCCCGGCUCACAGUCCCUCCAACUCUGCUGCAGGAAUGCUAAAAGUGUACAGAUUUUAUCAUGCGGAUACAAGCAAACAUUUCUGUUGAAGAUAUUGUGUUGAUUAAGUUGUAUAGUCUUUUGUACAAAGGGAUUUCAUGACCGUUUUUAGACUAAUUUUACUCACUGGAGAAGAACAUUUUGGUUUUUAUUUGUUUUCGCUGGAUUAUUUUAACCACUGUAUUUCCAAGCCUUGUAAAUGAUAGGGAAGAUGCCAGUUAUUUAAUAGUGCUCUUUUAUCUUAUGAAAUACUGGUUGCGUAUAGCUGUUGUAAAGUUAACAAAAAGAGGUAUUUAUGAUUUUUGUUUGGUUGUCACUUGAUGUGUAAAUAUGAAAAGACUGUAUAUGUAUUUCCAUGGCAGUACUAACAAGCUGUGUUGUGUGAUAUAGUGAAUGAUCCCUUUGCUAUCUUUUAAUAUAAAAUUGCAUUUGCAUUUCAAUGGAA